AUGGCGAACCAUGAUGAUAUCCACAAGAUGCUCUUAGACUCUUUGAGUAUCUCAGAAACCAAGAGGAACCGCCAGCGGGACUCGUAUAGGCACAGCGCGUCGACGUCUACAUCUCGCGAGCGCCAUUCGCGUUCACCGACAAAACAGUCAUCAAGUUCAAAUUCCGUUGAACCUUCUCCACGAACAUCUCGCUAUACCGUUGAUGAAACCGUUCGAAGACCUGCAUUGCCUAUGACGCGCAGUGAACCAUCUGUUCCAAGCACCUCCCAAACUCCUCAAACGCGGUUUUCAGCUGGAUUAGAGACGAUGGUUUCAACAAAUGAACGAUCCUCUCCACCUCCAGCGUACGAGGCGAUAACAGACUGGGACGUUCUGGUCAGUAGAAUCAGUACUAACCCAGAAUCCGCAACGUAUGAAGACCUUCUUCUCCUCGAGGAAGUCAGUGGCCCGGCACCAAGAAUGCGCUCGAGCAACAUGGGAACGCAGGACGAACCAUUCAACGUGUCGAUUGCUCCAGUGCAACUCAUGAGCCGUCGCACGACCAAGGACGGGAAAGCUAAACUCAAGCUCUCUAUCACGGACAUUCGCGUCGACAAAUGUGGCAUUUGCUUAUCCCAGUUCAGAGCGAACGAGAGUGGAGCAUUCCCGAAAUGCAAACACUGCUUCCACGAAGCCUGCCUCCGCAGUUGGAUUUCACGUUCACCCUCCUGUCCUGUCUGUCGCGUCAAUCUCAGGGAGUAA